ACAACCACCACAACAGUUGUGUCUGGCUCGGGGUUUUUUUGCUCCAGUUUAUCCUCUCUAGUUUGAUAAUUAUCAAUUACAACACAACAUGAUAACUAAGGACCAGGCACUCUCAUUCUUUUGGUGCACUUAGAUGGCAGUAGAAGAUCUGGAGCCUCUUACUAAAUCAGAUGAGAAAGAUGCAGGAAACCGACAGAAGAAAGGGAAAGAUGCUGGGGAAAGAUUUGAUGCCCUCUUGACCACAGCUCUUCAUAAGCAUGCUGCCAAAAAACUUGGAAAAAAGCUUAGCAAGAAAAAGAAAGAUGAGGCAAAUACUGAAGAGGACACUUGCCAACUGCAAGACACAAAGGAGCAGAAAAAGAAAAGGAGCAAGUCGGCAAAGGAAGCUGGUGUUCAAGAUGCCUUUGUAUUAAAAGUAGUCAGAAAUUCCAAAAGUUCAAAGAAGAGCAGGAACUUUGAAAAGGAAGAUCUUGAGGGGCAAGAGGAUGAUCAGGCAACACAUAUCCAAGAAUAUUUAAGGAAACAUAAAGAUAAUCAAACAAAACAGAUACAAGAUUUAACAGUCAAGGAAGAGGAGCUGGGAGGAUCCAGAAGAAAAUUACAUGGUCCAAGCUCUUCAACUGCUGAGUACCUGAAGGCAGUUUCAGUGCCAAAAAAGACACUUUCAAAAAAAUCCAAGAGAGGUGCUAAAGAUUCAGAUAAAGUGUUGGGUAUCACAAUCCAUUGUGCAGACCGUUUUGAAGGCUCUCCUAUGUUGCUUCCACAUCCUGUGGUCCAGGUACACAUUUGCAACUCAGACACAGGCCAUUGGCUCCAGAAAUCAAGUAAAGAUCGUAAAGUAACAUCCUAUUAUGAGGGAGGGGAAGUUCACUACAUCCUGCCCAUCAUGACACAGUCAUAUGAUAUGAAAAAGGAAAGGAGUCUCUAUUGCAAGUGGGAAGAGCAGUUGAUAAUCAAUGAGCCAAGUAACUACUUCACAUCAUCUGAUUCCCCAGUUAUCAUACUCUUUCAGCUAAUGGACUUCCCAAUCUCAUCAACAAAUAACUUCGGCAUUUCAUCAAACAACUGUGGAUGGAUGACAUUUGCUUGGGCAUUCCUUAAGAUAAGAGGAGCUAAUAAUCAUCUUAAUAUUGGUCAUCAACUACGGUUGCAGUUAUGGAGACCCAGGAAGUCUGUCAAGGUGAAUUAUCAAGACCUUCAUAGCUGGUGGAGAAGUGGUUGUAGGAAUAAAUAUCCAUCAUCACUGUACAUCACUUUGCAGGAAAUUUCCAUUCCCCAGAAUCCUCGUCCAGCUCUUAGGUCUAUGCUUGCUACUCAAAAGGAAGAGGGUGGUGGAACAGUUUUAUCAUCCUUGUUGGACCAGUCUUCUGCCAGUGGGUCAAGUCAAAUUCAUUCCGAACAGACCAAGCCAGUGAUCAGCUGGGCACGGAAACCCAACCAGUCUUGCAAGAUCCUCAGUUCUGUAAAACAUUAUUUACCACAAACUGAUAAAGGAUGCUUGAUGGUUAAAUUUUCACAUGAUGGAUUGAAACUUGCAUGUGGAGCUCACAAGCAGAUCCUUGUGUAUGAUGCCUUGGAAGGGCAUUUAGAGCACACACUAAUGGGUCAUCUGGGGCUUAUUUAUGAUAUCUCAUGGAGUGUUGAUGAUCAUCUAUUGUUAACAGCCUCAGCUGACUCGACUGCAAGAGUCUGGCAUGUAGAUGCAGAGAAUGAAUAUAGACAAAGCCAGGUUUUGACACACCCUUCUUAUGUGUAUGUUGCUUGCUUUGUACCUGCCAGAUCUAACAUUAUUGUAAGUGGGUGUUAUGAUCAUGUACUCAGGGUCUGGUCUUGUAGUAAGAGUGGUAAUUAUUCUCUUACUCAAGAACUUUUAAAUCAUCUUGGCUUUGUAAAUGCUUUAUGCUUUAAUCAGGAAGGCAAUAUUCUUUUCUCAGGAGAUAAACAAGGUGUUAUUCUGGUGUGGAAUGUUGAUGUUAUGAAAAAAGAUAAAGGAAAGAAAAAGCCAAAGAUUCUUUCUUUGGAGCGUGAAGUUAAAAUGAACGAUAUUAUUGGGAACACCAUAAACAGCAUCUCUUGUCAUCCUAGUGGGUUUCGCUUGAUGGUUCAUACAAGAGACAGUCAGAUAAGACUUGUCAAUCAUAAACAUUGGACAAUAACCCACAGACUUCGAGGCUUAUUAAAUGUUCGAGAGCAAAUGCGAGGUUGCAUUAGCCCGUGUGGUACCUGGGUGAUAUCAGGUAGUGAAGAUGGCGGACUUUAUGUGUGGAAUUCAGAUACAGGGGAUAUGGUUUCAGCUCUAAUGAACCUACCAAUAGAGGGAACUAUCUCCUGUGUUGACUAUCACCCACUUGAUCACAUGAUGGCUCUGUGUUCUUAUUCUAAUGAAACACCUGUUCUUAUUUUAGGUUAUAACCAAGAAAGUAUGUCAUCUAAUACAACUGUCCCAAUGUCUGUCCAACCAGCUACCUCAAGAAGCUUACAAACAUCUCUACCAAGAAGUCCAGGCCCUAGUCACCUGCCAUUAAAACAGCUUUUAUCCCCAAAUCUCAAAUACCAAAGUCAUAUUAAUCCCAAAGCCAUGUCUUCUCCAGCAAAAUCCCUCUUAAAUUCUGGGGAGGAGAGAAAAUCAGAAAUAAAAACUUUUACAUACAGUCAUUCAGUCAUGGAGAAAAAGCAUACAAUCUUUACUGUGAGCAGGCAGUACUUGUUGGAUAAUGAUCAGACACUGAACAAAGGAGGACUCAGACAUCAUCAUGGGGAUAAGAUCUUAAAGAAAUUAGAUUCUGUGUUGAAGAUGGCAAGUGAGGAUCCAUUAAACAUGAGUGGCAACAGAGUCAUAAGCAGCUGUGGUGAAAGGCUUUUACCUUUGGGACAACUUGCUACUGUUUUGUAUGAUUUCACCAGCUCUGAGCCAGAUGAACUGUCAGUUAAGCAAGGUGAUUAUGUGAAUGUAGUACAGGAGAUGAAUGGAGACUGGUGGCUUGUUCGCACUGCAGACAUGAGGACCACAGGUCUAGUACCAGCAUCAUAUCUUCAGCACUUGCCAGGAGGGUUUAGGCAAGAACAAGAAGAUGAAAUGGGCUCUGGAAAAGUUAUUGCAGUUCCAUCAAGAUCUGGAGACAUCAGCUUUAUAUCUGACAUUGAAGGCACCCCAAGCAAAGCACGUGCUCGCAGACACAAAGCCAAAGUCUUACCAUCGAAGAUAACUACUUCAACCCCAAAAGGCAAAUAAAAGGAAAUGAAGAUGCUGGUAGCAGAGAAUCUUUAUUUCCAUUUGUUGGCCUUUGCCAUUGCCUACCUUGGCAAAAGAAAAGUGACAUGGUUAUGGUGGCACAAAACCAUAAUUAAAUGAUGUGGUAUUACUCUUUUGGGAUAUUAUUACUUUAUUCAGGAGAGGGGAAGGGCUAAAUCCUUAGGGUCCACCCUACCAAUCAGCCAUUUCCCACCAAGAUAGAGUGACAAAUAUAUAGGCAACAUAUAUUGAUAUAUAUCUUGCACUAAUAAAUAUUUGCAUUCAGUGAUUCAUUAAUGUUUUAGUAAUGUGAAGAGGAAAACAAAAUAGUGUAGCUUUAAAUAUUUUUUAUAAAUGUCAAUCCAUUUGUCAGUAAUAAUAUAAUGACAAAUCAGGGAACAGGCGGGGUGUGAAUCCAUGGCAUGGAUUCAAAUCCCACCUGGUCCCUAAUUUGUCUGCAAUCAUAUUGUUUCAAUUUCUUGGGUCAUGACAUAGUGCACUUUUUUAUGAAAUUCACUCAGAUUUCAUAGUGAAAAUAUAAACUUGGAUUAUUACAGUAGUUCUCUGCAGUUAAAGGUAUGCAUUGUAUCAGUGCUCUUUUUUCUAUAAAUUAUUGUUCAUCUAUUUGGAAACUGACUGGUUUGAUCAUAUAUGGAGGAACUGUAAUGAUUGUUCCAUCUUGCAGUACAAAAUGUUGAUAUGUAUUAUUACUAUAAUCAAAGAGAAGCACUAACCCAGUAGGGGUCAUGCAGUGUUUAGGACAUGAGAAGUAUUUGGUGUUGAAGGGUGUUGGUACUUUUACACUUCUGAGGUUCCAAAAUUUUUGCUUUUAUAUUUUGUUUGUUUUCCAUUAUAACUUUUUCCAUCCAGUAUACUUUUAUUGUUUCUUGUUAGUGUUAUAUUUAUGGGGAAAUGGUAAACUUGUAAGGGUCACACACAGCCUUGGAAGGCAAUCAGGUUUGUUUGAAGGGGUAGUUAGGCAUAAUUCUUCCAUGAACUAGGAGCCCUCACUGGCAUCAUGAUACCUCCCUUGAAUGAAUUUUUUUUUUUACAAUUAGGUGUUUCUCACCAAGGUAGGUGAAUGUAAUUGAGGACACAUUCACCUUCACUCAUUCAGUAGCUGUCUUGCCUAAAAUGCACAUAUGUCACAUUACUGAUGCCCAUACAACACUUAGAAAGAGAAACCACCAGCACUGAAGUAGGUAACUUCAAAACGUGUUGAAGGGGUGUGAAGGCAUUAUAGAAAAUUACAAGAAGAUAAUCACACAUGUAUGCCAUUUAAUUUACUCCCGUGAAGAUCAGGUCACCAUUGGAAGCCUUAUCAGGAGAUGACUCUGCCAAUAUACUGUAGCUUUUUAGACACACUGAACAUGCCAGGGUAGCUCCAUUGUGAAGAAACACCAAAUAACAACCAACCUGGGUUGAGCACAUUUUUGUGAAUAUAAAAAUAUUUCAUUGGGGUAGAGCACAAUUAGAUCUAUGUAUAUUAUGAUGUGCAAGAUUUCAGGUACGUCUUGCUACUUCUACUUACACUUAGGUCACACUACACAUACAUGUACAAGCAUAUAUAUACAUACACCCCUCUGGGUUUUCUGCUAUUUUCUUUCUAGUUCUUGUUCUUGUUUAUUUCCUCUUAUCUCCAUGGGAAAGUGGAACAGAAUUCUUCCUCCGUAAGCCAUGCAUGUUGUAAGAGGUGACUAAAAUGCCGGGAGCAAGGGGCUAGUAACCCCUUCUCCUGUAUAAAUUACUAAAUUUAAAAAGAGAACUUUUGUUUUUCUUUUUUGGGCCACCCCGCCUCGGUGGGAUACGGCCGGUUUGUUGAAAGAAGAAAGAAUAUUAUGAUGUACAGUAUCUUGAAAAUGAAUGAGGAUGUUUCAUAUUGCUCUCUGAUAUUAAUGUAAAGGUAAAAGCUACUGCACUCAUUGCUCUUUACUGCAGACUUUUACCCUGGUGACUUUUUUUUUUGAGCUGAAUACAGGUUGACCAUCGCUAAUCUGGCAUCAGUGGGACCUGUAGGGUGCUGGAUUAGUGACUUUGCCAGAUCACAGGGUGAUUAAGCUAGAAUACACUUAAUCCAACAGCUAACCACCUCAUCUUACCUUUA